AGUGAAUCUGGGUCGAACCCAAUUAUUCUUUCGGUGAGAACGCGGUGAUGUUAAUCUCAUUACCAUCUCCAUCUCACCGCCGCCGAUGUCAAUACUCCACGGUAGCAGUCCUGCGCGUUAAGCUUCGAAUUCCAAACUCCCUCUCAUCUUCUCCCCAUCUCUAAUGGGGAGGAGGCCACGAAGGAAGCCAUAAGCCCCGAAACCAAACCCUCAAUGCUCUUCUUCUUCUCCUCCUCCUCAUCCGUCACGGCCUCAAGGAUCGUAGCUCCGGCCAUCUCCGCCGCCGCCGCCGCCAAGCUCCUCCCUUUCCUCCUCUCCUCCAAACCGUACUCCCAUCUCGAUCCCCAAACCCCCCAAACCCCAUCCCUCGACACCCUCCUCUCCGACAUCCUCGACUCCAACCCUCUCGCCUUCACCCGCGACUUCGCCGCCCCGGACUCCCUCAAACCCGUCAUCGUCGACCGCGACCUCUUCCUCUCCGCGCUCGACUCCGUCCGCAGCCGCCCCCGCCUCGCCCUCCGGUUCUUCCGAUGGGCCGAGCGUCAGCCAGGAUUCGACCACUCCGAGAUCGCCUUCCUGGCCGUCCUCGAGAUCCUUGCCGAUGGCGGGCUCAUGCGGGCCGCGUACUCCGUCGCCUACCGUGCUUUCCGCCUCCGCCUGCUCCACGGCGUUGUCGACCUCCUUAUCGAUGGGUACGCCGGCUCCGACGCCGUCACCGCUAAGCUUCUCGACCUCCUCCUCUGGAUGUAUACCAAGUGUUCGAUGGUGGAGCGCGCCCUCUCCACCUUCUAUAAGAUGGUCGCCUAUGGGUUCCUUCCUGACGUCAAGAAUUGCAAUAGAGUACUGAGGAUUCUCAGGGACAAGGACCAGUGGAUGGAUGUGAGAGCUGUCUAUAGAGAGAUGCUCAAGGUCGGCAUCCGGCCGACGAUUGUUACUUAUAAUACGAUGCUGGAUUCUUACUGCAAGGAAGGGAAGGCCGAAGAGGCCCUCAAGCUCUUGGGAGAGAUGGAGAUGAACGGCACCGGAUUCUUGCCUAAUGACGUCACUUAUAACGUCGUCAUCAAUGGGUUAGCAAAGAAGGGGGAAUUGGAGAAGGCAGAGAAGCUGCUCGACAAAAUGAGGAGUUCGGGAAAGGCUUCGGCAUUUACUUACAAUCCUCUGAUUAAUGCUUUGCUUAGCAAAGGUUACGUAGAUGAAGCUUUGGGUGUUAAGGAUGAGAUGGCAGGGAGAGGUGUGACACCGACAGUGGCGACUUACAAUUCUUUAAUCUAUGGAUUGUGCAGAAGUGGGUGGAUGAGCGAGGCUCGGGAGAAGUUCUUUGAGAUGGAGAAGAUGAAUUUGGUGCAGGAUGUGGUUUCCUACAACUCAUUGAUUUAUGGGUAUUGUCGAGUGGGGAAUGUGAAGGAGGCUCUUCACUUGUUUGAACAUCUGAGAGAUGCCCACAUCCUUCCUAAUGUCAGGACAUAUAAUAUUCUAAUAGAUGGUCAUUGUCGAUCAGGAGCCUUGGAGGAGGCUCAGAAGUUCAAGGAGGAUAUGAUUGAAUCUGGGCUUCGGCCUGAUGUUUAUACCUAUACUAUUCUUGUAAAUGGGUCUUGCAAGAUGGGAAAUCUUGCCAUGGCAAAAGGAUUUUUUAGUGAGAUGUUGAAUAAUGGCUUGAAGCCAGAUUGUUAUGCUUACACGACAAGGAUAGUUGGAGAAUUGAGGCUCGGUGCUACAUCUCAAGCUUUCCAACUGCGAGAGGAGAUGAUAACAAGAGGUAUCUCGCCUGAUACGGUCACUUACAACGUUCUAAUUGAUGGGCUUUGCAAGACAGGAAAUCUGAGAGAAGCAUAUCAAUUGUGGCGGAAGAUGGUCAAUGAUGGUUUUCAUCCUGAUUGCAUGACCUAUACUUGCUUAAUUCAUGCUCAUUGUGAGAAAGGCCGUUUGAGAGAGGCAAAGGAUUUAUUUGAUAGCAUGAUUAGUAGUAGUUUAUCUCCAUCAGUUGUGACCUACACUGUUUUGAUUCAUGCCCAUGCCAAUAAAGGAAGUCUUGAGGCAGCAUAUACUUUCUUUUCGAAGAUGCUGGAGGAGGAUGUAUCACCUAAUGAGAUCACAUACAAUGCCCUUAUUAAUGGGCUAUGCAGAAGGCACAAAAUUGAAUUAGCUUACGAGCACUUCCAUGAGAUGCAGGAAAAAGGAUUGUCUCCCAAUAAGUAUACAUACACUUUACUCAUAAACGAGAAUUGCAAUUUAGGUAACUGGAAUGAAGCAUUGAGGUUGUAUGGUGAGAUGCAUGAGAAAGGCAUUCAUCCUGAUUAUUGUACCCGCAGUGUGUUGUUUAAGGGAUUUGAUGAAGACUACAAGCAUCAUACAAUUCGUUACUUAGAGAAUGAAGUUCUGGGCAGUUAGUCUGAAGUCUGAGUAACUCUAGAGCAUUCCAGUUAGUCUUUGCCCAGACAAACAACACUUGUAUUUCGCUUCUCCAAAAACAAGUUAGCUGAGAUACGUGAAGCUACAUACUUUGAAAGGAUCUGAGGGCAUUGGCAGCUGCAGUUUUUGUAAUGACUUGAUCAGAUUGUGUCACUUUCAUCUCCUCUUCCUUUGAUAUGUUGCAACUUGGCAGUGCUGGUGGUUGUUUUGGAUAUGAGUUAUCCAGCUGCAUUAGUAUUUGGUACUAACCUACCAAACAUUGUAUAAGAUGGAAUAACAUUCGUGUAUCACAAUCAGUUGUAGCUGCAACAGUGGACUAAUUGAUGCAUCGGAAUUAGCCAGUGUUUCCAUCAUGUGUCAAGUAACCAGACGAUUAUAAUGUAUAUCAGGAAAAGAACGUUACCACACUUGACUCGGCCUCCUCCUGGACAAGUUCUUGAUUGUUGUAAAUUCUCGGGUCCCUCUGAAAAACAGAAUAUGUGGAGAGCCAUUUUUGAGUCAUCCAUGCAUAUAACAGGGAAGGAAUAUGGUGUGCAAUCCAGAGUGUCCUUUGGUCCUGCACCAGCAUCUUCUUGUAGGCCUGCCAUGUCAGUCGUAGUUAAUGACUGGCACUACAAGGGCUGCUCCUGCUAACCUGUUAGUGUUGAGAAAUUUCCUCAGAAACAUAAAUGGUUUAGAGAUGUAGUUAUUUUGCUAAUCUUUUCUCCUGUCAGAUAUUUGGAAACUUCUAGCGACACUGUAGAACUAAAAUUGGAAGAACAUACAAACUUGUUUCCAAUUGUUUUGCAGGUUUUCUGAAAACAUAACAGCACUAAAGGAACAUAGACGAUGAUCAGUGUUGCCUGUGGGGUAUGUAGUUCAGACAGCUCCAGGCAGCAUAGCCCCCCCGUGGAGAAUCCAAUUAAGUAAAACUUUGGUCCGAUCUCCAGCUGGUCGGCGAGCUCCUGAAUGUCCAUGGCUUCACUCUACACCGUCCGCUUUGGGUUCAGGUCGCUCUCCCCAUACCCUGCUCUGUCAUAUGACAGAAAGUAUAUCCCCAACUCAUCUGCCAGUUCCUGCAACCACAAACCAUGAACUUAAUCAAGCCUCUGUUGUGGUCGUUGAAAAUUAACUUUUGCUGUAAAGCUGUAGGUUGUGCUCCAUGUAACUUGAAAGGCAGGUAUGGUGAAAUCUUUGGAGCCAUCGAAGCGAUGAUGAUUUUGUACUCGGCCUUCUCCUUGGUGGUUCCCACUUCUUUGUAGGCCAGAUGCCUGCCGUCUCUGAGUUGAAUUCUGGAGAGGUGAUCGGAGGGCCGUUUUUAGAGUCGCAAAUUUUUGGAGGGGGAGGCUGGAUUGCCUGGAAGGCCCAGCCUGAUCCUACUAUAAGCACGACGGCUGCUGCUCUCAUUAGCAUUGCUACUAAAAUGAUAUCCCAUGGUUAUGGAACUGAAGGGCAGAGAGCAUGCAACUGAGGGGCUUCUCAGGACCUUGAUGAGUUGCUUCUCGCUCUGUUAGCCAAAAGACUGAAUACUUUCUGAGGAUUGUUAUAGGGAGAAUUUUAAAGCGUGUUUAGCUGCAUUUGUUGGAACUAACAGGGCGGCCAUCCGGAGUGCUUGACACCGGAUCCAGAUUUUCUUGGCUGCAAAUUUCUCACGAUGCGCUGAAUAGAGGAAGCAUGCGGCAGGGAAAGCAUAUGUUUUUACGUUUUUUCCUUUUUUAAGUGUCAAUGAAGGCUUGUCACUUGGACUGGACUCUUCCGCUUUGAAGCAGAUAUGAAUGCUUGGCAAUAUAAGAAGGCGAUUACGUGCCCA